AUGGACCAGAUGAUGGGAGGCGGCGGCGGCGGCGGCGGCGGUGGGAGGAACCCGCUGGAGGAGUGGUUCUGGGAUACUCCCAUUUGCACAAGAUGGUGGACCACGGCCACCAUCGCAGUCAGCGCCCUCGUUCAGUGCCAGAUGAUCACGCCGUACCAGCUCUUCUACAGCUUCCGGGCAGUAUUCAUCAAGAACCAGUACUGGCGACUACUCUCCACGUUCCUCUACUUUGGUCCCAUCUCGAUCGAUGUCCUCUUCCACGUCUACUUCCUCCAGCGGUAUUCGAGGCUCCUCGAAGAGUCCGCCGGCCGGUCGCCGGCGCAGUUCACUUGGCUGCUUCUCUACGCCACGAUCAGUCUGAUUGUUAUCUCACCACUGUUCUCGAUGCCUUUCCUCGGCCAUCCGCUGGCAUCAACGCUGGUCUACAUCUGGUCGCGGCGGAAUCCGGAUACCCGGCUUAGCUUCCUGGGCAUCCUUGUCUUCACCGCUCCCUACUUGCCGUGGGUGCUGAUGGGCUUCAGCCUAAUCCUACACGGGACGGUGCCCAAGGACGAGAUCAUGGGCGUGGUGAUUGGUCACAUUUACUACUUCUUCUGCGACGUGUAUCCACCUCUACACAACGGCUCCCGCCCGUUUGAUGCUCCGAGGUGGUGGAGGCGCAUUUUUGAAGGCAGAGCGGAAGAAGAAGCGCAGGAGACGGUCGAUGAUGUUGACCACGACAUUGCUGCUGCUGCUCGGGCUGGAGCAGUGCAGCCGGAGGUGAUGUGA